AUUGGGGGGAGCGAGUGAGUAAGUUAACUUUCCCGUUUCGCUUCGCAGAUUUUAGUUCUGUUAAUUAAUUGUUUUUGUUAGGUUAAAUUUUUGUAAUUGAAGAUAAAUAUGUUUAGCUGAAAAUUAAUUAUACAAUUUUUAGUAUGGAAUAAAUUGUGUGAGCAAGAAGUUUACAUCUUGAUUUCAACUUCGGCCCAAAUAGGCUACUACAGGCUUGGAUCUACGCUACACACAAACUUGUUAGGCCUAUUUCUCAGUUUAGUUUCUCCUUCUCGUGGACGAAUGCCAAUAAUAUACUGUGGGCCUAGCUUGAGUUUUAAUAUUGCUAUCUAAACACUGUCCUCGAUUGGUGAUAAUGUUAAGAUCAAUAUUGGGUGCUGUGAAACAUGCAAGAACAGUGGGGUUGUCGAAUUGCUCAUCAGCAAUAAGCAACUUCACCUCUCCACAAGCAUCACUAACAAUAAUCAACAGAUCCCAAUUUACUGGAAGAAGCUACACCUUGAAUAAUUGCAAUUUUGGAACUUUUAGCUUACCGACUAUACUCAGCAGCAGCUUGAAAUUCUUGCAACCAAAACCAUUGCAAGUGGACACAGUUAGAAGUGUUAUAAAGUUUUCCAAAUCUGGGAAGAGGAAAACAGUAAAACUGGUUCUUCAAAAAUUUUACCGGCUGCAUUGGGGUUGUUGGAUAAGAACUAAGGCUGGGCGACACAAGAAAUUGUUCAAAAAGAGUGCCAAUCGUAGACGUCGCCUUCAAUAUCAUGUAUUCUGCAAUGGACAACAAAGUCAUCUUCUAGAUAAAAUGGUGACCAGAUAUUGGAGAAAGCCGAGAUUCUAUGUUGAUGAUCCUUACGAACCUUACCACUCAAGAGAGGAAUACUGCCAUUCUAGGAGGAAGCCAUACCAACCUUUUGCCUAGGAUUUUUCCAAAUAAAGCUAUGUAGUUAAACA